UACCAUAAACAUACUUCUUCACAUUUCAUGGAACACUAGCAUAAUUUUAUUCGAAGAUACAGUGGCGCCUUGAUAGAUAUGGCGACCGCAACCUCCAUUGUUGUUGAUCCAUCUUCAACUAGGCUUCUCCUUCACACCCCACUUCUCAUAGCUGAAGAUCAACAAGACAUAGUUCCUAAUACACUUGACUAUAAAAAUCGUCCGGCUAUUCGAUCCAACUACGGACAAUGGAAAUCCGCUUCUUUCAUCAUCUGGGUGGAGAUGGCAGAGAGGCUUGCAUAUUAUGGGAUUUCUGGAAAUUUGAUUAACUUUUUAACUGGAAAGCUAAGGCAAUCAACAGCUACGGCGGCUGCUAAUGUCAAUGCUUGGAGUGGUGUGGCUUCAUUGAGUCCUGUUUUGGGAGCUGUUAUUGCUGAUUCAUUUUUGGGGAGGUUUUAUACUAUUCUGGUUUCUUCAAUUAUUUAUAUCUUGGGGCUAGGCCUACUAACUCUAUCAGCAAUGCUGCCUUCCCUGAGCUGUAUCAAUGAGGGCACAAUGAACAACGGCACUUUUGGAUGUUCUUCACAUUUGCAGACGAUGAUGUUCUUUAUUGCGCUUUAUAUGGUUGCAAUUGGGCAAGGUGGGCACAAGCCUUGUGUUCAGGCUUUUGGUGCCGAUCAGUUUGACGGAGAAAAUCCUGCUGAAAGCAAAGCCAAAAGCUCUUUCUUUAACUGGUGGUAUUUUGGUCUGUGCAUGGGUUCUUUGUUAGGCAUUGGAGUUUUGAGCUAUGUCCAAGAGAACCUUAAUUGGGGCCUCGGAUUUGGAAUUCCCUGCAUUAUCAUGGUAAUCGCUCUACUUAUAUUCUUGCUUGGAACCGCAACUUAUAGAUACAUCAUAAUAAGUGAAAAUGAAAGUCCAUUCUUGAGAAUCGGAAGGGUGUUUGUCAAAGCAGCCCAAAACUGGAAUGUUAAACUCCCUGUAAUCGGUAACAAAGAAGACGCACAUGGAACACAAACACGUGAUGGAACUCAUCAAUUUAGGUUUCUUGAUAAGGCUUCGUUUGACGGUUGCAGCAAUAGUGAGGUAGGAGAGGCAAAGGGAGUACUCAGGUUGUUUCCUAUAUGGGCAGCAACAUUGGUUUAUGGUAUCAUUUACUCGCAGACAUCAACCUUCUUCACCAAACAAGGCAUUACAUUGGAAAGAUCAAUAGGUUCUACCUUUGUUAUACCAGCUGCAGCAUUACAAUGUUUCAUUGGAAUCUGCAUUGUUAUCUUUAUCCCAAUUUAUGAUCGUGUUCUUGUUCCUAUUGCUAGAUAUUUGACGGGUAAACAUGCUGGCAUAUCAAUGCUUCAGAGAAUAGGAACCGGGUUGAUCAUUUCCAUUUUGUCUAUGGCAGUGGCUGCUGUCACCGAGAAAAAGAGGCUUCAGACCGCUGCACAUUUUGGACUGAUCGAUCUGCCUGAUGUGACGAUCCCAAUGAAAAUUUGGUGGUUGCUUCCACAAUACAUGCUGUUUGCAAUUUCGGAGGCGUUUACCAUGGUUGGUUUGCAAGAAUUUUUCUAUGAUCAAGUCCCAAAAGAAUUGCGUAGUGUCGGAUUAUCUAUGUAUCUGAGUAUAUUCGGGUGGGGAGGGCUUUUGAGUAGCUUUCUCGUCUCAAUGAUCAACAAAGUUAGCAGUAAAUGUGGGAGAGAGAGUUGGUUCUCGGAUAACUUGAAUCGUGCUCAUCUUGAUUACUUCUAUUGGCUGCUCUCUGGUCUUAGUGUCAUUGGAUCCAUUCUUUUUAUCUACUUUGCGAAAUCAUACAUAUACAACAACAACAACAACAACAAGGCUUCUUGUUGAUAUGCGUAGUACUCAUAUCGAAACUGUAAGUGCAAAUACUCGAGGUAAAGAUCUUCGUAAUCAAUAUUAGAAUUGCUUAACAGACCAUUAUGCAUUCUUAUAGAGAAAGUCCUUGUGUAUUUCAGAGAUUAACUGUAUUCUCAACUGUUUUCUUAGUAAAAUUGUAUCAUGUCUUAGUAUGGACCGUUGGAAAAAUGCAACAACUAAUAUCAGACAUAAAAGUGUAUAGAAUAUUUGUAAUUGUGAACAAAAUUUGGUAAAUAUUUAUAAGAUUGUACAUGUUUUUAAUAUUUGAGACCCCUAUUUUAUCAGGACAUGUUUCUGAAAACCUCCAUUCAUGCUUUUGCCUUGAAGUGGGACUUUUGUUGUGAGAUUUGUGGAAUAUAGAAAAAGGCCU